CAGCCGGUUACAUCAUCACGUCGCCGCCAAAAGCGAGUUAACGUCGUCCCCUCGGUCUGGGUAGUGUUGAGCGGAAAACAUGGCUUUUCAAGCUCUGACAGGUGACUGUGAUGAUCUGGAGGCGUUGUUACAGAGGGUCAUUCCCGACAAGGAUUACCUGUGUAGUCCUGACAGGUCGCCAUCACUGCCAUGGGACGGGUUCGCUGCCUGGGUUCACUGUAUCUGCGUGGUCGGGUUCGACCUGGAGCUGGGGCAGGCUGUCGAAGUCAUAUAUCCUCCUCAUGCAAAGCUAUCAGACAAAGAGAAAACAAGUAUUUGUUAUUUAUCGUUUCCAGACUCUAAUUCAGGUUGCCUUGGAGACACACAAUUUUGUUUCAGAAUUCGGCAGUCAUCCAAUAGGAGGAACUCCCUUGAUUGCCUGUUGGACCAAUUUGAUAGAGAUGCUCCUGUUUAUUUGAAGAAAGAUUCAGCCCAUUACUAUGGUUAUGUUUAUUUUAGACAAGUGCGUGAUAAAACUUUAAAAAGAGGCUACUUUCAAAAGUCUCUGGUGCUGCUCAGUAAACUUCCCUAUGUUAACUUCUUCCAUUUCCUGCUGAAGUUGAUUGCACCAGAAUAUUUUGACAAAAGCGAGCCUUGUCUAGAAGCGGCCUGUAAUGAUAUGGAUCGAUGGCCUGCACCAAUCCCUGGAAAGAUACUAAAUCUUCCCACGAUGGGCAUCGUUAUAAAGGUUAGAAUUCCUACUUUGCAAGAUAAACCUGGUGCAACGCAGAUUGUACAAUCUGAAGAUGAGAUUGACACACAAGUCUCUCUUGCACUCCCUUCAAUUCAUGAAGUAGACCUGUUCAGGUGCUUUUGCCCAAUUUUCUUUCACAUUCAGAUGCUUUGGGAACUUGUUUUACUCGGAGAACCUCUUGUUGUUAUGGCACCAUCACCUGCUGAGUCGUCAGAAACCGUUCUGGCCUUGGUUUGUUGUGUUUCACCGUUGAAAUACUGCAGUGAUUUCAGACCAUACUUUACAAUCCAUGACAGUGAAUUCAAAGAAUACACCACCAGAACGCAGGCCCCACCAUCUGUCAUUCUUGGAGUGACCAAUCCUUUCUUUGCCAAAACAUUACAACACUGGCCUCACAUCAUCCGAAUAGGGGACAUGAAGCCAGCGGGUGAUAUUCCAAAACAGGUCAAGGUGAAGAAAUUGAAAAAUCUGAAGACUUUGGACUCAAAACCUGGUGUGUACACUUCCUAUAAAACGUUCCUGAGCCGAGAUGAAGAGAUAAUAAAACAAGUGCAGAAGGGUAUACAGCAAAAGCGUCCUUCUGAAGCACAAAGUGCAAUUCUUAGACGUUACUUUUUAGAACUGACACAAAGCUUCAUCAUUCCAUUGGAACGAUACGUAGCCAGUUUAAUGCCUUUACAAAAGAGUAUUUCACCAUGGAAGAGUCCACCUCAAUUAAAGCCUUUCAGUGAAGAAGAAUUCAUGAAAACUUUGGAAAAAGCAGGACCACAACUCACUUCUCGUUUAAAGGGCGAUUGGAUUGGACUUUACAGGCAGUUCCUGAAAUCACCAAACUUUGAUGGCUGGUUCCGGUCAAGAUGGAAAGAAAUGACACAAAAAUUGGAGGCAUUGCACCUGGAGGCCUUAUGUGAUGCAGAUUUAUUGAUAUGGAUUCAGAAGCAUACAGAAGUUGAGGUGGUGGAUUUGGUAUUGAAGCUGAAAGAGAAGUUGGUGCAAGCCAAGCAACAUUACCUUCCCAUAAAACAAAACACAUUGGAGAAACUGCAAAUGCACAUUGAAGCAAUCAUUUUAUCACUGCCAGAAGACCUGCAGAGCAUCUUGCUAAAAAAUGGCACAACAUGAUCUUUGCACCUUUCCCCUGAAGGACAUGUAACUAAAAACAGUACAAACAAAACUCCAAAACAGUGUUGAAAAACAGAGUGGGGGGGAAUGAUCAUACAAUACAAAUGAAAAGGGAAGACCAAGUGGAUUUGAAUAGAUAACCUUUUUGAGAAGAUUCAUCUGUGCGUGUGACUCCAUGCCAAGAUAAAGGCAUAGAAAAAGUUAUUAAAUCACUGUUUAGGCUGAGUGUGUUUGUGUAUACAAUAUGUGAUUAUAUUAACAAUCAAGUUUUGCAGAGAGGUGCUGGUAGCUACCAUUUGAUGAAGUUGGAGUCUCACUACCAGUGGAAAACAACAGUGAGAGUUUUACUACUAAUAUUUGUACUGCAAAUUAUGUAUUGAUAAAUAAAAGCUGUGCAAAUACCAGUACUGGUAUUUUGCUUAGAUGCAUAUUUUAAUUGGUUACAUUUUUAUAUAAAUAUCUAUUCUCAUAUGUUCCUAAACUAACAGUAAUUUGUAGGAUUACAUGUAUUUGUAUUUAAAUAAAUAACUGACUUAACUUUUAAGAACAGGAUAUUCAAAAGCACAUCUAAAUGUGUAGACAUAUGAUUGAGCUUUGAAUUUUUUUACCAAAGCACCAUGUCAGAAACUAUACAAAAUUUCUAAUAAACUUUGCACUAUUUUA